AUGAUCCGAAGAAUCGAUUUGGCUGUAGUGGACGACUCGAACAUCGUGGAGAUGUGCAAGCAAUACGGGGACAAAUAUGUUGUCGAGCCAAAUGUUGAGGCCAUCAAACGAUGGAGGAGCUGUUAUCACAGCCUUUCUGGUAGCCGGAGAAAUAUCGAGAAGCUUCGGAGACUCUCCGAUGAAGUCCUGCUUCAUUUUGAAGCUAACCGUCAGACCAACGCAGACUGCGAAAUCAAGAUGGCCUUGAUGGAUGAGCUUCGGAAAGUCAUUCAAAAUCGUGCGAGAUGGAAUUUUAAGCUACUGCCAUUUGGCUCCACUAUGACUGGUCUGGCGACGAAGCAAAGUGAUUUGGAUUUAAUAAUUUGGUGUCCGGAGGCAAACACGUUCUUUUCUAAUGAGGCCGAGUAA